CAGAAAAGGAGAACAACUUCCCGCCGCUGCCCGGGUUCAUCCCCCUGAAGCCCUGCUUCUACCAGAACUUCUCCGACGAGAUCCCAGUGGAGCACCAGGUCCUGGUGAAGCGGAUCUACCGGCUGUGGAUGUUUUACUGCGCCACCCUUGGCGUCAACCUCAUCGCCUGCCUAGCCUGGCUGAUCGCCGGAGGCCCGGCGUCCAACUUCGGCCUGGCCAUCGUGUGGCUGCUCCUGUUCACGCCCUGCAGCUACGUGUGCUGGUUCCGGCCCGUCUACAAAGCCUUCCGAGCCGACAGCUCCUUUAACUUCAUGGCGUUCUUCUUCGUCUUCGGAGCCCAGUUUGUCCUGACCAUCAUCCAAGCGAUCGGCUUCUCGGGCUGGGGCGCGUGUGGCUGGCUGUCAGCGAUUGGGUUCUUCGAGACCAGCGUGGGCGCUUCUGUGGUCAUGCUGCUUCCAGCCAUCAUGUUCUCCGUGUCGGCGGCCAUGAUGGCCAUCGCCAUCAUGAAGGUGCACAGGAUCUACCGAGGAGCCGGUGGAAGCUUCCAGAAGGCACAGACGGAGUGGAGCGCAGGCACGUGGCGGAACCCACCAUCAAGGGAGGCCCAGUACAACAACUUCUCAGGCAGCAGCCUGCCCGAGUACCCCACUGUGCCCAGCUACCCGGGCGGCGGCCAGUGGCCUUAGGAGACGGGGUUUCGCCAUGGUGGUCACACUCCUGACCUGAGGUGACCCGCACACCUCUGCUUCCCAAAGUGUUGGAAUAAUAAGUGUGAGCCACCGCGCCUGGCCUGGGGUGGCCUCUUAUGAGGAGAGGGGACCCGUGAAAUCUGUGCCUUAUGGAGGGGUCUGGCAGCAGCCAAGAUUCGAUUGUCUUCUCCCCGUGUCCCCCCGACUCCCCCAGAAAUGCCUCCACCCUCCACGGGGCAUUUCCACAGCACUGUUCAUAAUGGUUGGGCCAAAAAAAAACGUUUCCUUCAUCAUUUCCUGCACUCUCUGGCAACGACUUUGGGGACACUCCCGGCUGCCGCCCCUCACCACCGUUCACCCCGGGACACUGUUGCCAUGGGACACCGCUGCCCUGGGCCUCCCAAGACGUGGGCCGGUCCCCUUGUUGGUGUGGAAUGCUGCUGGGUGCCCGGAGGCGGCCGUGGUUUCGGGGGGAUGGCAGCCAGGAUGGAGCACCCACAGGUCCCAUGUCCAUGCUUUGGGCCUGCCCCCCACCAAUCUGCUACCAAGGGGCUCCCCUUCCCCAGCCUCACAGCUGUGUUUGGCUGUGCUGACGUAGACCAAGUCCCCCCCGGCAGGCCUGCCCCGCUUCCUGCCAUCCACCCCCCUCCCGGUGGUGUGGCCCCUCAAGGCCUUGUUGGGAUUUUGUUAUGUGAAAAUAUACUGGAAAUAAAUGCAUCUCUGCACCAGA